AUGAAUCGAGGUCUAGUGCUGCUGGUAGUGCUUAAAGUGCUGGCUUUGGGGGAGUCCCGUUUUGCUAAGGUGAAUAUAAAUCUGGGUCUUACUGUGGCUGAUGAAUCACCCAAGCCGAUUACCGAGGAUAUGAUUCGUCUUUGUGGCGAUCAAACGGAUAUAUCCCUCAGGGACCUGCAUAAACUUCAGCAGGAGGACUUUUCGGAUCCCUCGGAAUCGAUUCAGUGCUUCACCCAUUGUCUUUACGAGCAAAUGGGUCUCAUGCACGAUGGCGUCUUUGUGGAGCGAGACUUCUUUGGUUUGCUUUCGGACGUUACUAACUCCGAUAUUUGGCCCGAACGUCAGUGCCACAUGAUCCGUGGCAGCAACAAAUGCGAAACAGCCUUUAAAAUCCACCUGUGCCGGCAGCAGAUGAAACAGCAGCAGCAGAUCACCUCGGCCGGCAAGGAUGUGGAGGUCACCACGCCAAUGGAAUCCAAUGAGCCAAUGCCCUAG